AUGGUGUUCCACACUUGUGGAGUGUUUGCCAACGUAUGGAAUAAUGGGCACACAGAAGCCAUACGGAAGAGAUCUUCUGAUGAUUGGGUUGCCACGUAUAACAUCACUUUAAACCAAGCUAACUCCGGGAUGAAGGCUUGGGGCAUAUCCAAAUGGAGAUGCUUCCUUCUCUUUCCUCCGAGUGUAGUGAAAUGUUUCGAAUUCAUUGAAAUGUUUUUGGAAUGGAACGAUUUGAGGAGUGGAAGAGGGGAGAAAUGA